AGUUGAAGGGGCGUGCAACGGAAGUGACGACACCAAACAAAGAAAUAGUUGCAUGUUUGAACAGAUGCGCGUAGAGCAAUAAAACUUCAGAAACUGCGCGUCAGAUGGCAAACAUGAAGCGGAUUUGUUUACACACUUCACGGAUCAUUUAAAUGAAUUUACGCGUUAAUGUUUUAGACAUGAUGCGAAUCUCCGUUAAAAAACUGUUUGCUGUGUGUCUGUGCGCGUGCGCGUGCCUGCUUAUAAUCAUGACUUUACAGUUUAUAGAGGAGUUUGGGCAGACUGUAGAGACCCGUCUCACCAAGAGAGGAACAUUUAUAACCCAUCAUGAAUCAGAUGUUCAGGAUCCGAUCAUUGUGUGGUGGUCUCCACUGACCGGAGAACAGGGACGACUGGCAGAUUGUGGCCAUAACAGAUGUUUCUUGACCAUAAACAAAUCUUAUCAUUCUCAUCCACUGACACAAGCUUAUCUCUUUUAUGGUACAGAUUUCAGCUUUGAAAGUCUUCCUCUUCCGAGAAGCGAUCACCAUCAUUGGGCUCUGUUUCAUGAGGAAUCGCCCAAGAAUAACUACAAACUCUUUCACGAGCCGCUCAUCACCCUGUUCAACCACACGGCGACGUUCAGCCGUCAUUCUCAUCUUCCUCUCACCACACAACAUCUGGAGAACCUCAGCGUUCUCACUUCACAAACGCAUCUGAUUCCUCUGUCCUACAAAAACCACCUGAGAGAAACCCUCGCACCCGUGGUGUACGUUCAGUCCGACUGCGACCCGCCGUCCGAUCGAGACGUUUACGUUCAGGAACUGAUGAAGCACAUUCGGGUGGACUCCUAUGGAGAAUGUCUUCAUAAUAAAGACCUACCGGCCCAUCUGAGAGACUCCACUGCGAUGGACCAUCAGGAUUUCUAUCAGAUGCUCUCUCAGUAUAAAUUCAUCCUGGCCUUUGAGAAUGCCGUCUGUGAGGACUACAUCACUGAGAAACUGUGGAGACCUCUGAAGAUCGGGGUCGUGCCGGUGUACUACGGAGCUCCGAACGUUCACGCGUGGCUGCCGGACAGGAGAAGCGCGAUUGUGGUGAACCCAGAGGAGCCGCCAGAGAAACUGGCUCAGUAUUUAAAGAGACUGGACAGGAAUGAUUGGGAAUAUUCACAAUACCUGGAGUGGAAACUCAAGCGGGAGAUCUCGAAUGUGAAUCUGAUAAAACAUCUGAGGGAACGUCAGUGGGGCAUUCAUGACAUCACUCAGGAGAACUUCAUUGAUGUGUUUGAGUGUCUGGUGUGUAACAGAGUCUGGGAGAACAUCAACAGACAGAAACAGAAACUGCCAGCUAAAGUCUGGCGAGCUGAGGCGACUCAUUUAAAGUGUCCAUCUCCAAAACUCUUCAACUUUAUUGUGAGUCCCUCGAACAGUUCACAUCUGAGGAGGAUCUGGAGAGACGCUUAUAAACAAUCUGAAAGAGAAGCCAUCGCUCUGAGACGACUGAUUGACAGAAACACAAACUUUACCCAAACACAGUUCUGGAGAGAGGUCUUCAUCAGAUGACACAAACAACAGGAUAUACUUUAAAGGGACAAUAUUAUGAAUAUUUUUAUACGAUGUUAUAUAAUUCUCGUGUGCCUAAAAUGUGUCUGAAGUUUCAGCUCAAAAUACCUCACAGAUCAUUUCUUAUAGCAUGUCCAAAAUGCUGCAUUAAUGCUACAACGUGCUAACAAACUCAUUUUCGGAUAAAAUAAACCAGUCAGUCAGUGGCUGUGGGCGGGGCUUUAUCAGUGUGAUGUCAUAUGAACAAGAGAAUUAGAACAGCAUGUCUAAUGAUGAGACUGUUUUGGUUUAAUGGGGAUUAAAAAGGAAGGGUACAUUUUU